AUGGCCACCACCCCGGCCCUCGAAAAGUCACCUACCGACAGUGACAGCGAUAGUGACGCUGAUGUUGACUCAUCGCCUAUUGCGCUCUCGUCUACAGAGAAGCGCCGGGAUCGUAAGCUCCGCUUCCAAGCAUGGUUGCAGAGUACUGCCGUCAAGGAGAUCCGUACUGCCAUAAAAGACAACAAUCGUCCUGAAGCUGCCGAGGAACUGUCCAUCCGCCAGCUACUUGCCAGCCAAGAACCCACUCGGAUCAUCACCACCCCUAGAGAGUAUCAGCUUGAGCUCUUCCAGCGUGCUACUCAGCAGAACACAAUCGCUGUUCUUGAUACCGGUUCUGGCAAGACGUUGAUCGCUGUCCUUCUCUUGCGCCACACUAUCGCUGAAGAGCUUCAAAAUCGCCUACAGGGCAAGCCUCAUCGCAUCUCUUUCUUCCUCGUGCCGUCUGUCCCACUGGUCUUCCAACAGUUUGCCGUGCUCGAGCGCAAUCUCGACUAUGAUGUGGAUCGUUUGUGUGGCGCCAUGAUGCCCGACAAGUGGAGUAAACGCGUCUGGGACGAGCGGUUUGCCAAAUGUCAUGUCAUCGUCUGUACUCCUGACGUCCUCAAGGGUUGUUUGACCUGCUCCUUCAUCUCCAUGCGCCAAAUCAAUCUCCUGAUAUUCGAUGAAGCCCAUCAUGCAAAGAAAGGUCACGCAUACGCUCAGAUUAUCAAAGACUUCUAUCUCACCGAUGUUGACGAGCUGUCUCGGCCCAGAAUUUUUGGUAUGACGGCCUCACCUGUCGAUGCAAAGGUCGAUGUUCGUCAAGCCGCCAGCGACCUCGAAUGCAUCUUACACAGCAAGAUAGCCACUGCAAACGACCUCUCGUUACUCCAAAAUGCAAUAACCAAGCCAAGUGAAGAGUUUUUGAAUUACACGACAUCUCGCGCCAUCUCUCCGCCUAGUCAGCUCUUUCAAAAUUUGAAAAGUCAAUUUGGCAGGAUCAAAUUUCUUGACGGCUUGUUCGACCGUGCAACCGGAGUUCGGUCUCAUCUUGGUGACUGGUGUGCGGACCGUUACUGGGGUUUUGCAUUGGCCGAGGAACGCUCGAAGAAGAUGGAAUCUCGUGUCGAAAGGGCUGCCCGAUUGGAUGGUUCAACGGCACUGGCCGACUUCCAGAUCGAAGAGAUUGGCAAAGCCAUGGCAAUCAUCUCGAAUCACGACUUUGGAAGCCCUCGAGCUGAUCAAGCGGACCUCAGCCACAAGGUCCGUCAACUGUGUGUUUACCUGACGCAGCAAUUCGAGCGCCACACCGAGCAACGCUGCAUCGUGUUUGUUGAGCACCGCAGCACUGCAUAUCUACUUCACAAGGUCUUUGAACAUGUUGGCGGGCCUCACUUGCACCCAGGUCUACUCAUUGGAGCGAGCAACGGUCGUCUAGACGACAACCAAUCGACUUUCCGCAAUCAAGUGGUUACUCUCGUCAAGUUCCGUAAGGGUGAACUGAAUUGUCUGUUUGCAACUUCCGUCGCUGAAGAAGGUCUCGACAUCCCGGACUGCAAUCUGGUCGUACGUUUCGACAUUUGCAAGACAAUGAUUCAGUAUGUACAGUCUCGUGGGCGCGCCAGGCACAAAAACUCCAAGCUUCUACAUAUGAAGGAGAAGGAGAAUUGGGACCAUGACAACACCUUGUCGGAGAAUCGUGGAGCAGAGCAUGUUAUGCGUACCUUUUGCAAAGGUUUACCCGCUGAUCGUCAAUUGGAUGGUGAUGAUGACAUGGUCUUUUCUAGAGACAUGGUCAGUCUCUAUCCUACUUAUACGAUAGCUAGUACCGGCGCAAAGAUCACUUUCGGCUCCGCUCUUCAAAUCUUGUCACAUUUCGUAGACAGUUUGCCAAAAGAUGGCGAGGAAGCUCUGCAGCCUACUUACAUUACCACAUCUCAAACUGGACGGUUCAUCUGUGAAGUGGUGAUUCCUGAACCUUCACCUAUUCGCUCGGCAACAGGUGAAUCUAUGACGAGAAAGUCACUUGCCAAACGCUCAGCUGCAUUCAAAGCUUGCAAGGAACUUGUUUUGGCGCAACAUCUCGAUUCCAAUCUAGUCCCUGUCUACACCAAGAAACUGCCAUCUAUGCGCAACGCAGCACUAGCGUUGACCUCGAAGCAAGCCGGUAUGUACGACAUGCGCGUCAAACCUCGUGUCUGGGAAGACAACAGAGGUUCAAUGCCUUCCUUGGUGUACCUCACUCGCAUAGACUUCUCCGAGGGGCUGGAUCGUUCUCAUCAGCCUAUGCUUCUUGUCACGAGAAGUCCAAUGCCUACCUUUCCCAGGUUCCCUCUGUUUCUGAACGAUGGCUGCAAGACCAACGUGGAGUUGACAUCACUCACACCAGGUUGCAGAGUGUCCGAGACCGAGCUGACUAAAUUCACUUCGUUCACUCUACGUGUUUUCAAAGACCUUUACAACAAGACCUACGAGUUUGACGUCGCAAAGAUGUCUUACUGGCUCGUACCGUUCGAGCAGUCCGUUCAGCUUGCAGAUACUAACUCUGCCUCCCUUGAACUCAUCGAUUGGACCAUUGUGGACUACGUCUGCAGAAUCGCUAAAGGAUUCCAAUGGACACCCAAAAUCCCUGAAUCGUUCCUGGUAGACAAGUUUUUCAUCGAUCCUGGAGAUGGUGGCCGUCGCUUCUAUUCGUCAAGAGUAGCUCCAGAAUACAAGCCCACAAGCCCUAUCCCAGAAGGUUGUGCAGCUUCGAAAAGACAGACUGAUAUCUUGGACUAUACAGUCAGUCUUUGGAAGAACACUCGCAACAAGAGGAGAUGGAACCUCGACCAACCCGUCCUGGAAGCCAAGAAGAUACUGCACCGACGUAACAUGCUCGCAGAGCCGACAACGAAAGAAGAACAAGACUCGGUCAAAGUUCGAAGCUUCAUCUGUCCUGAGCCUCUCCUCAUAUCUGCGCUUCCCACUCCUGUCGUGACCACCUGUUACAUGUUUCCCGCCAUCAUUCAUCGUAUUGAAGAUUACCUUAUCGCAAAAGGAACGUGUGAAGAGCUUGGUCUGACGAUCGAUCUACCAUUGGCUCUUGAAGCAAUCACCAAAGAUUCCGACAACACAGAAGAAGAUCAGAGUCCUAAACGUAUCAACUUUCAGCGUGGUAUGGGAAAGAACUACGAACGUCUUGAGUUCUUAGGUGACUGCUUCCUGAAAAUGGCAACUUCGAUCUCGACAUUCACGCAAAACCCCAACGACAACGAGUUCGAUUUUCAUGUGAAGCGCAUGCUGCUUCUCUGCAACCAGAAUCUCUUCAAUGCUGCGCGGAAGCUCAAACUCUACGAGAAUAUUCGUAGUGCUUCCUUCUCUCGUCGUACUUGGUAUCCGCAAGGUAUCAAACUCUUGGAGGGCAAAGGCGCCAACAAGAAUGGACAAGAGUCGAUGAAGCACGCACUUGGUGACAAGACCAUUGCAGAUGUGUGCGAAGCACUCAUGGGUGCAGCCUUCCUCACCCACGAUCAGCCUGGCAAGUGGAAGCCGGAGCACUGGCGUGAAGCAGUCAAAGCCGUCACCAUAUUCGUCGACAGCCCUGAUCAUACUAUGAAUGAUUGGUCAGAUUACUCCAGCUCGUAUGAAAAGCCGGCAUACCAAACAGCUGAGGCCAGGGCUGCGAACCUUGAACUUGCCAAGCGGGUCGAGAAGGAGCAUGCGUACCACUUCAAAUAUCCACGUCUGCUCCAGGCUGCCUUUCACCAUCCCUCUUACCCAAAUCUAUGGUCUGCUGGGAUACCAUCGUACCAGCGCCUCGAGUUCUUGGGCGAUUCGCUUCUUGAUAUGACUAGCAUCACUCACCUCUUCUACAACUAUCCUGACAAGGAUCCGCAGUGGCUGACUGAGCACAAGAUGGCAAUGGUUUCGAAUCAGUUUCUUGGAGCACUCUGCGUCCGUCUCGGAUUCUAUAAGCAUCUCCUCUUCAAUCACGACUCGUUGCGUCAACAAAUUGCAAACUAUGUCACUGAUAUCAAGGAUGCAGAAGCCAAUUCACAAGGAGCUAUGGACUACUGGACCACGGUGAAAGAAGGCCCCAAGUGCCUACCCGACAUAGUUGAAGCAUACGUCGGCGCAAUUUUCAUCGAUGCAGAUUUCGACUACAGCGUCGUGCAGCAGUUUUUCGACGAGCACAUGAAGUCAUUCUUCGAUGACAUGGAAAUUUACGACAACUACGCAAACAAUCAUCCCGUGACCCGUUUGCACAACAAGAUGCAGAAAGACUUCGGUUGCCAUGGAUACAACCUGUUCAAUGGCGAGGAGACUGAGGAUGGCAUGCGACCCUUGUUCUGGUCGGGCGUGAUGAUUCACGACUCGGAACCCAUCGGGGUGUGCAAGGCAAAGUCUGCUAGGUAUGCAAACAUUCAUGCGGCGAACAAGGCAGUGGAGGAAUUGGAGGGGUUGGCGCCUUAUGAAUUUCGCGCAAGGUUCGGUUGUGACUGUCGUGAUGAGACCGAUGGCGGCGGCGAGAAUGACGGCACAGCAUGA